CUGUGUUAUGCCCUGAGGGUACAGAAGUGAUGAAGUCGAAGCCUCCCUAGGCAAAGGGCAGGCAGGCUAGUGGAGAGCAGCUCUCUGAGUAGCGGGGUGAGGCCUAUAGAAGGAUCUAUGGCUCAGGUAAGAGGCCCUGGCCACUUAUUAAAACAAUUACUUUUCAGUCCCAGGAUCGCCUCCCCUAGAGAAGGGCUUCUGGCUUGUAAGCUCAGAUGUGACAAAGAAGGACACAGUGAUCGUUUCCAGAACCCUCUAGAGGCAGAUAAGGCAAAAUGGCUUUCACUUCUCUGUGGCUGGGUGACUUCUUGCUUGCACAGGUGGUAAAGUGAAUUUUCUUGUUUUCCUUGUUUUUUCCUUGAGGUGUAUCACAGAAAAAUUCAUGAGUCUAAAGUGUACUCCUUGAAGGAUUUUUUUCUCAUAUGCAUACACCUGUGUAACCACAUCUAAGAGGGGACAUUCUUAAGGGAGAAAAGACCUCACAGCGGGGACAAGUAAGUGUUCAGCUUUGAGCAGUCUGUAAAGCCUGAGAUCUCAGGUACAGCUGUUCUCCUUGGCCAUGCUUAAAAUUAGCCCCUGAAAUUAACAAGUGUCUGGUGAGUACCUGCAAUGUGUUGGAACCUUCUGAGGUAAGUCCCAGGGCCCCUCAACUCUAAGUCGAACAUGGGUGGUCUGCAACUUUAGGAGCUGAGUUUCAAUAACAGAUUUUGUGUUGACCCUGUAUAAUCUCCACCUACCCUUCUUAAUUAGCAGAUGACCGACAUCACCUUCAAAGGGCUUUUGUAAGUUUCUCAAAGGCAUUGCCUCUCACUGGAAAUCUUGCCAAGAACUGAAUUCAGGAGGGAGUGAAUUUGGGGCCUUUACUUGGGAGGGGUCCCUCCUUUCUGCCUGCCACAAUUUGUCUUCCUUUUCCUUUAAUAUUGUAUUUUUAUUAUCUAGGGCAAAACAUAAUAUUACAUUGCAGCUUAUAAUGGCGACCCCUGAAGAAAGCAGCAACCUCCAUGAGAGAGCGACACCCCAGCUGCCAGCACAGCUGCAGGAGCUUGAGUCUCGGGUGGCCCGGAGACGCUUGUCCCAGGCCCGCCACCGAGCCACCCUGGCAGCGCUCUUUGACAAUCUCAGGAAGACAGUGUACUCUCAGUCUGAUCUCACAGCCUCAAAGUGGCAGGUUCUGAAUAAGGCGAGGAGUCAUAUUCCGGAACUGGAGCAAACCCUGGAUAAUCUGCUGAAGCUCAAAGCAUCCUUCAACCUGGAGGAUGGGCAUGCAAGCAGCUUAGAGGAGGUCAAGAAAGAAUAUGCCAGCAUGUAUUCUGGAAAUGACAGUUUUCCUCAGAAUGGUUCCUCCCCUUGGUACCUCAACUUUUACAAACAGACGAUGGACCUUCUGACUGGCAGUGGGAUCGUCUCCCUGCAGGAGGUGGCGCUGCCCAUCGUCUCCGCAGCCAUCUCCCACCUGUGGCAGAACCUCUCGGAGGAGAGGAAGGCCAGCCUCCGGCAGGCCUGGACACAGAAGCACCGUGACGCGGCGAGCCUGGCGGGGGCCUGCCAGGAGGCGGCCUGUGCUGAGGGCAGCGUGAAGGACAGCGGCGUGGACAGUCAGGGGGCCAGCUGCUCAUUGGUCUCCACGCCCGAGGAGAUCCUUUUUGAAGAUGCCUUUGAUGUGGCAAGUUUCCUGGACAAAAGUGAGGUUCCAAGUACCUCUAGCUCCAGUUCAAUGCUUGCCAGCUCCAACCCAGAAAACCCAGAGGAAAAGUUUCAGCUCUAUAUGCAGAUUAUCGACUUUUUUAAAGGUCUUGGCUGUGCCAACACUCGAGUAAAACAGGAAGCAUCCUUUCCUGUUGAUGAAGAGAUGAUCAUGUUGCAGUGCACGGAGACCUUUGACGAUGAAGAUUUGUAACACAGAAGCGGGGCUGGGACGGGAGGGACUGAAUGAGGGGGGCAGUUCCCAAGGUUGAAUGCUGGCAGCUAAGGUUGCAUGUGCCUUGGCCUCCAGGACUCUUUGGAGUGGGUUGUUCCAGAAGCAUUUUGAUGAUUUUCUGAUUAUUAUAAUGUAUAAGAGAA